AUGGCUCAACACUUCGCAAAACUGGCCCUACUAUGGGUCGCCGUCCAUGGUGUUGUCUCGGCAGUCAGCUUCACGAUUCCCAGCCAGGCACAUACAGGCAGCUACAGCUAUGCGCCAGUGGAACCAGCGCCAGUCGGGAUCUCCUUUGAGUUCUUUGCGUUUCCGUCCUACUUCACCAACGUCACCGCCACGAACCAAUGCCUCACUAACUGGAAGGAUUUGACCGGAGUGUGGCCGCCGAUACGCAUUGGUGGCACCACCCAGGACCGCGCGGUGUAUGACUCCGCAACAUCGGCUUACGUCGUGUAUACUGUUGCCAGUGCAACCGAUGCCCCUGCCAGCUUGACGUUUGGGUCCAGUUUCUUCACCCUUGCAGCGACCUAUGGCGGCAGUGUGGUCGUCGGCUUGAAUAGGGGCAAAGACGACAUUCAGAACACGAUUGCUGCUGCCAAGGUAGCUGUUGGGGACAUGAGCAACCUUCUGGCUAUUGAGUUGGGGAAUGAGCCUGAAUAUUACGCGAGUGCUGGUCAACCUAUCGCUUCUGGGACCUGGACACCAGCGGUUGAUGCCGCGUCGCAGGAUAACUGGGACAUCACAGUUGGCACUGCCAUAGGCAAGACAGCGAUUAUCCAAGCUGGCAACUCGAACGAUUCUCCACCAACAUGGGGCGCGGCAGAGCUGAUCGCGACAGAGAAUGCGACAGUUAAGCAAUACGUCAAGGAUUACGCUCAUCACAACUAUCCAGGAGGGACUGUUACAUCACUUAUGAGCCACUCAAGCAUCUCCAGUAAUCUGCACGUGUUCGACGCGGACGUGGCAGCUGCGUUGGGACAAGGGAAGCAAUACGUCUUUGGAGAGACAAAUUCGGUAUCCGGAGGAGGUGCCGCGACCGUGUCGCCCACAUUCGGAGCCGCACUUUGGACAAUGAACUACGUCCUCCGCGCCACAUACAGUAACAUAUCACGCACCUACUUCCACCACGGAACCCUAGGUGCUUGCCAAUAUUGUUUUUGGGGCCGCUAUUCCAUGGGAGCGCCUUACUAUGGUGCUUACGCGGCGACCGCCCUCAUGGCCAACGCGGCGUACCUCACAGCUCUCGACGACGGUACCACAAAUUACGCAGCUUACGUCUCGUUCGACUCGGCUGGCGCACCCCUGAGGGCCCUGCUUUACAACUCUGAUUACUACGGAGGCAGUGGGACCCGGAGCAGCCAGUCGUUCGUGCUGAGUGGAUUGACGGGGAGCUCGGUCAGGGCGAAGAGGUUGACUGGCGAUAGUGCGGUGGCUAGGGUUGAUCAAGGUGGAAUUGUUACGUUCGGGGGACAGACAUUCACUGAUGGCACUUGCACUGCCAGUGGGGCCGAGACGUUCGAGACUUUGGCUGUAAGCGGUGGACAGGCGACGGUCUCCUUGAGCGCUAGUGAGGCUUUGCUUGUGUAUUUGCGGUGA